UUAAGCUUAAAUUUUUUUUUUGUGUAUGAGAUGAGAGAGAGACAAAAUAGGAAUUUUUCAGUGCCAGAAGUAAGUAAGAGCUUAACUGUUUUAGAUUUGGAUACUAUAUCAUAACAGAAAUGGCGAAGACUGUGAGUAAGGGGAAGAAUGGAGCUGUGUCUACAAAGGCAACAGUUCCAACUUCGUCUGUAGUUGAAACACCAAAGAAAAGAAAACAAGAAGAAAUAGUUGAAGAAGAAGAAGAGGAAGAAUCCGAUGAUGAUGAUUUCCAAGUGGAGGGAUUAUUAGACGAUGAAGCCAGUGAAGAUGAUGAAUCUGAAGAAGAUGACGAAGAAGAAGAAGAAGAUUCAGACACAGAACUUAACAAUUUACUAGGUGAAGAAGAAGAUCCAAGUGAUAUUGAUUCUGAAGAUUUCUCAGAUGAACCAACCGAAACUAUAACUGAUAAACUUUCAGGAAUCAAAAUAAGAGCAUUAUCCAAUAAUUCCUUACCUGAAUCAGAAGAAAUCGUUGGUAAAUUCUCCGAUGGAACCACUCGUAUAAUCAAACCAGAAAUCAAUCCAAUUUAUGAUAGUGAUGAUAGUGAUGCUGAAAAUUUCAAUACCAUUGGAAAUAUUCCAUUAUCAGCUUAUGAAGAAAUGCCUCAUAUUGGGUAUGAUAUUAAUGGUAAAAGAAUCAUGAGACCUGCUAAGGGUUCAGCUUUAGAUCAAUUAUUAGAGUCGAUUGAUUUACCUGAAGGUUGGACUGGGUUAUUAGAUCAAAAUACUGGUUCAUCAUUAAAAUUAACUGAUGAAGAAUUAGAAUUAAUUAGAAAAAUUCAACAACAAGAAAAUACUGAUGAAAAUAUUGAUCCUUAUGAACCAUUAAUUGAUUGGUUUACUUCUAAACCGGAAAUCAUGCCAUUAACUGCUGUUCCUGAACCAAAAAGAAGAUUUGUUCCUUCUAAACAUGAAGCUAAAAGAGUUAUGAAAAUAGUUAGAGCUAUUAGAGAAGGUAGAAUCAUACCACCAAGUAAAGUUAAAGAACAAAUUGAAGAAGAUAAAUUAAAUUAUGAUUUAUGGAAUAAUGAUGAUGAAGAUCAAAUACCUGAUCAUAUCAUGAAUUUAAGAGCUCCAAAACCUUUACCACCAACUAAUGAAGAAAGUUAUAAUCCACCAGAAGAAUAUUUACUUACAGAACAAGAAAAACAAGAAUGGUUAAAUGCUGAACCUCAAGAUCGUGAACGUAAUUUCUUACCUCAAAAAUUCGGAUCAUUAAGAAAAGUUCCAGGAUAUCAAGAUUCCGUAAGAGAAAGAUUUGAAAGAAGUUUAGAUUUAUAUUUAGCUCCAAGAGUUCGUCAUAAUAAAUUAAAUAUUGAUCCUGAAAGUUUGAUACCAGAAUUACCAUCUCCUCAAGAUUUGAGACCAUUCCCAAUCCGUUGUUCAACUAUCUAUCAAGGUCAUGAAGGUAGAAUCAGAACUAUUUCAAUUGAUCCAACUGGUUUAUGGUUGGCUACUGGAUCUGAUGAUGGAUCAGUUAGAAUCUGGGAAAUCUUAACUGGUAGACAAGUAUUUAAAUCUCAAUUAAUUAAUAAAGAUAUUAAUCAAGAUGAUCAUAUUGAAAGUUUAGAAUGGAAUCCUGAUUCUCAAAUUGGUAUAUUGGCCGUGGCUGUGGGUGAACAUAUAUAUUUACUUGUACCACCAGUAUUUGGAUUUGAUAUUGAAAAUAUGGGUAGAUUGAAAAUUGAAACUGGUUGGGGUUAUGGAACUUUUGGUAACAAGAGUUCUGAUUUAAAAGUUUCUGGAGAUGAUGAUGAAGAAGAAGAAAUUGAUGAUGAUGAAGAUACUGAAACUAAGAAAUCAUCAUCUACUAAUGAAGUUAAAAAAGAAGUUGCUAAAUGGUUCCCACCAAAUCAAGAACAAGGUGUAUUAGGUAUAGCGGCUAUAAUUCAAUGUCGUAAGACAGUUAAGAAAUUAUCAUGGCAUAGAAAGGGAGAUUAUUUCGUUACUGUUUCUCCUGAUGCUAAGAAUACCGCUGUUUUAAUCCAUCAAUUAUCUAAACAUUUAUCACAAUCACCAUUUAGAAAAUCGAAAGGGAUAAUAAUGGAUGCUAAAUUCCAUCCUUUCAAACCUCAAUUAUUUGUUGCUUCUCAAAGACAAAUUAGAAUUUAUGAUUUAGCUCAACAAGUUUUAAUUAAGAAAUUAUUACCUGGGGUUAGAUUAUUAUCAUCAAUUGAUCUUCAUCCAAGAGGAGAUAAUUUAUUAGCAUCAUCAUAUGAUAAACGUGUAUUAUGGCAUGAUUUAGAUUUAAGUGCUACACCAUAUAAAACUUUAAGAUAUCAUGAAAAAGCGGUUAGAUCAAUCAAAUUCCAUAAAGGGAAAUUACCACUUCUUGCAUCUGCAUCCGAUGAUGGUAUUAUUCAUAUUUUCCAUGGUACAGUAUAUGAUGAUUUAAUGACUAAUCCAUUAUUAGUUCCAUUAAAGAAAUUAACUGGUCAUAAAGUUAUUAAUCAAAUUGGUAUUUUGGAUUUAGUCUGGCAUCCUAAGGAAGCUUGGUUAUUCAGUGCUGGUGCCGAUGGUACUGCUCGUCUUUGGACCACUUAGAUUGGAUAAUCCUUAUUUCCAUCUCGUAUAUAUUCACAUUUGAUUAAUUUAUUAUCAUGAUAUUUAGUUGAAAAUAAAUCUUGAUCAUUGGCAUUAAAUAGAUUCUUGAAUAUAAUUUGUAUAUUAUCCACUAUUCCUAAAUUCUCUUCAUGUAGUAUCCAAUCUAAUGAUUUCCAAUCUAAUAUACCUUCUUUACAAUAUGAAAUGGGAGUUUUAUAUUGAUCUAAUUCAGAUUUGGUUAUAGUUGCAGUAAAUAUAUAAAGGCCACCUAACCCCAUAUGAGGUUCUUCCUCGCUUUGUUUAUCCUUGGAGUUCAGAACUUCCCAUAAUAAGAUCCCUC